AAGGCAGCUGAGUGUGCUUGUGCGUGCCGUGAACUCGGAGAAACCUGUGCAAAAUCCUUCCCCCGCGGAGGAAACGACGGAACCAAGAGCUACGAAUUGGAGGAUUGGUGGAUUACGAAAUUCCCAAAAAAAAAGAAGGUUCGUAACGGGCAAAAUGCAGAUCAAUAAAACGGAGCAAGCGGCGACGACGAUGACGGAGCUCGGCGGAAGGAUCCAAGUAGGCCCAUCGGUACCAGCAGCAACGGUGGCAGCAGCGGCAGCAGGACCCUCUGCGUUGGCCACCACCGUGGUGGAUGCCCCGACGGAUACGGAUUCUUUGGCAGCGCAAGAGCAGCAACAGUGGGGCAUUAUGCAGUUGUUCUCGAUCUCGGAGGUAACCCAGGCCUCACUCGUCUAUUGCCAGCGUGCAUUGCGCGAUUUCGUGAAACUGCACCAGGUUGUAGCGUACCAAAUCGAUAAACUACCACCGAAAAAGGUGUUCCAAGCGAAACAGUAUCUAAUCGAUUUGGAAGAUGAAAUCCGUAGUAUCGGCAAGGAGCAGGAAGGAAUGGUAGCCGAAGUGACGGAGAAGUUGCGCGAAUUCCAACAAUUUAUUCUGUUGUCGCGUGGAAUCAACAUUCCGAACGAGCUGGCGGACGGGUACGUGUCCAACACGUUCCAACGGUACUACGAGACGUGUGGCAGUCAUGUCAGUCCUCCGCCCGGUCUCACGUUGCGGCGCAAUGUGGCCGAAAUCGCCGAACAUUACAGCAUCGAAGCGAUACUGAAUCUGUACGACGAGGAGUGCAUCGAGCGGACACCCCAGUCUCGUUCGCUGUUGAAGAAACGGCGCAAGCAAGGUCCACAGCCACUGUUGGUUGCUUCCUCACGAUCGCUGCUGAAGCCGCCAACAGGAGAAUCGAAAACCGAAGGGGCAGAAACAGAAACCACCUCUAGCACCGUUGUUGCCGCUCGGCUUGCAACGAAGGAACGGCGUGCGUUUGCCAACAUCGGUAAGCCACCGAUAAAGGCACAAGAAGUUGCAGAUGCGGAAGACCACUUCCCUGCAGACGUGGCGAUCAAAGUGGAGCCAGAAAUAAUCAUCGAAGUGGAACAACAACAGCCACAACCACAACCACAGUGGCCUCUGCCGGGUAAAGCUUGGAAACCGGGCUUCCGUGGUCGGCCACCGAAGGUCGCCAAGGAGCUAGGCCUACAGAAAACUGCCGUAAAUGACAGAGAGCUAAAACCGAGCGUGAAAGAUGAACCAGAGGACAUCGAGGAAGCGGAAGCGGAAGAACAAGAAGGACAGGAAGCGCAGGAAGCGCAGGAACAGGAACCUUGGGUUCCCACCAAUGAUUCAUCGAACGAGGCACCACCACCACCACCGACCACGGCAGCUUAUCGUCGUGGCCGGACUAAUCUGCUGCAAGCGUUAAACAAAACCAGACAGGUCAAUACCAACGUCGAUUUACCCUCAACAUCAACGGCACAGAGCGGAACAGUAGCCUCUUCGAUUCCACCCUCCUCCAGCCAGCACCAGAAAGGGAAGAAGCGUUCGAGAGGCGCUGGAACCGGUGGUAAACUCGCUAAACACCCUUCCACCGGAACUGCAACGUCCAGCGGUUCUUCACCGAACUCACGCUGUUCGACGCCUUCUUCGGGCGGCGAUUCGUCGGAUCCACGUUCAUCGAUCGGUGAAUUUCCGGCCAUCGGAAGCGAACCGCCCGUUCCGACACCGCUCAGCAUCUUCGAGCUGGGGCAACCGCCCUACCUGCGAUUCUUCGGUCUCGUGACGCACGAGGAAGCAAAGGCACUGAAGGAGAGCAAAGCCGUGCGGAAGCGACGAAGCUGUAACAGUACUGAGCGCAAGGACUUCCAUUAUGGUCGGCUCGAUUACUACGAGCAACAGCUAUACCAGCAGGCUUCAGUAGCAGCCGUCACCGCAGCAACAUCCGGACCGGGAAAGCGUCGCGUUGGUUGCUCCAAGCGUCCCGUACUCUACUCACCUCAGGUCGUUGCUAGGAAACGCAAACAGGCGGCGGCGGCAGCGGCACCACUACCAGCAUCUACCAGCAGCUGCACUACUAGCGGAUCCUCCUCAUCCAUCAACAGCAACAGCAGUCCGGAGGGAACGACACUCGAGAACAUGCUGACGGAAUUGGGCGAAAAGUGUUGCUUCGUGUGCAACGAGAAAGGCUCGGUGGCGGAGCUGAGCUCGUGCACCAACUGUUGCAACAUUUACCACAUCGAGUGCCACGAGGGUGCGAACGAGCUCAAGGAGGAACUCUGUCCCGUGUGCCUUACCGACUGAGGGUUGGCCACCUUUUUUCGUCGGUUUUACUUUUACGAGCAACCGGAUGGAGAUGGACCACCGGUUUGCUUGAUCGCAGGUGUUUAGCGCACACAUGCUUAACGUCGUGUACAUGUACAUACAGAAAAUCAUUCCCACGGUACCACACACCCCGGUGGGGCAGCCGUUGUGCUGAAUUUGAAUUGUGUAAAUUGAUGGCGUUGGCCAGAUCCUUAUUCUAAGGUCUAGUGGAGAGAAAGAGUCGUUUCAUAAAUAAUUUUUAAAAGAAUUGCAUGAAAAGACAAGCAGGCCUUGAAGUCAAGGCAAACUUGUUGGCUGUCGAGAACCAAAAACCAAUGUAAAUAGCUGAAAGAGGUAGCAAGGGAAAUAGGCUAGGGAAGUGAGCAGAUGAGAAGGCUCUUAUCAUAGGACGGUAUGUAUCAUGAGUAGUUUCACGAUCUUCAAAGUCAGGAGGUACGCUCCUCAAUUCAGCUUUGUUGCGUACACAAGAGGUCAUCAGGCCUUGUUCUCAUUAAUCUUGUUAAGGCUAUCGUUCUCUUCUGAUGUUUUUUUAACAAUCCUACAAAUGAAAUAAAGAAUUAUUAAUA